AUGGAGCCCCUCGACGAGCGCCUGGCGAAGGUGCUGCCGGCGCACUUCAAGGCCGAGAAGGCCCUGGUAGUGCGCAAGAACAUCCACAUGACGUCGAACGUCGUCACGGAGGUCGCCGCCGGCGCCGUGGUCAAGCUCGACAGGGUGCGCAAGCUGCCCGGCGACCCGAAGAAGCUGCGCGGCCGCGUCGUCGUCGCGCCGGCGGCCGGCUGGGUCACGGUGACGAGCAAGAACCUGACGCGCGUCGACGCGUCCGCGGCGCCCGCCGACGACCGCGAGGACUGGGAGUACGACCCGAGGGACUCCUACGACCACUACCUCACCAGAGCCGAGCGCUGCGCGUGGCCCGCGGCGAAGCAGCGCGCCAAGGUCGCCAAGCUGCUGGAAAAGGAGUUCCCCACCGUGAAGCUCCCGGCGGCGGCGCGGACGAGCUGGUCCGUGAGCCGCAUGCGCGCUUUUUUGGAGUCGAAGGGCGCCAAGGGCCGGCCCCACGCGGUCGUCGGCGUCGCGGCCGGCGGCGACCCCUGGGCCGCGGCGCAGGCCGAGUACCGACUGGCCAUGGAGGGCGUCGAGCGCGAGGCCCUGCGCGCCGUGGAGCGGGACAACCGGGAGUGGUGCAAGGCCUGGGACGAGGACCGCUUCCGCGGCGCGUUCCUCCGGCCCGAGCUCGCGUCGCGCGUCGACGACUGCCGGCGGGCCCUGCGGUUCGCGUCGUCGCCGGGCCUCGAGCGCUGGCUGCGCGAGGGCGGCAAGCCCAACUGGGACGGGCCGCGCGACUGGCUGCCGCCGAACGGCGGCUGGGGCGACCCGCUGCCGUCGAAGACGGAGAAUCUGCUCGGGCGCCUGAAGAGCGGCACGCGGCGCGUCGAGCGCCUCGACGAGCUGACGGGCACCUGGCACGGCUUCCGCCGGUCCUACCUGCCGGGCGCCAAGCCCGUGGCGCUGCGGCCCUACGACUUCCGCACGUACCGGCACCUCGCGAGCGAGUGGCGCCGCGACAAUCUCUUGAGACGGAGCGGCGCCCUGCCCGUGGAGCACGUCAAGGCGCCCUACGACGGCCUGCUGCCGCGGCUCCCCGGCGACAAGGACGCGCCGGAGCCCUGGGAGAAGAAGCUCGACGAGCGGUGGACGACGCUGCGCGACUUCGCCGACGCCCACCUCCCCGGCCCCGAGGCCGCGACGCCCUACCCGGAGGUCGACGACGCCGCGGCUGAAGCCCUCGCGGGCCGCUGCCGGCACCGGCCCUGCGUCUGCCAGUGCCUCUCCGCGGACGUCGACGUCGACGACCCCGUCUUCUCCGUCUUCGCGUCGCUCCCCGCGGUGCCGCCCCACUUCGAGGCGCCGACCCAGCACCUCCCCUACCAGCCGACGAACCGCAUGGCGGCCCACCUCGCCAAGUGCAAGCCGCCGAUCCUGCUCGCGGCGCACCUCCAGUCCGACGACGACAAGACGGAAUACGAGUCGUCGACGGACGACGGCGAGUGGCAACCCGAGUACGACACGCGCCUCGAGACGCCCGACGCCCUCUACCCCGGCCGCUUCGAGCUCCACGUUUUACCCGCCCUCGGCGGCGAGCGGUUAAGCCAGCGGGGCGGCGCCGCGUGGCACGUGCUCGUCCACGGCCGCGUCCGAUGGUGCCUCCUGCCGCCGAACGGCGGCCGCUACGUGAAGCGGCGCUACCACGAGCUCCAGCGGGCGCCGCCGAAGCCUGCGGCGUCCUGCCGGCACCAGGACUUUGUGAGCGGCCUCGACUGGUUCCGCUCCGAGUUCGAGACGCUGGCGGACCCGGCCGCGCGCGUGCCGCUCUCGGAGAUCGUCCAGGAGGCCGGCGAGGCGCUCUGGGUCCCCGAGGGCUGGAGCGCCGCGCGGCUGGCGCUGAAGCCCUCCGUGGGUUUCGCGUUGGACGUCGGGAGCCUCAACGCGCCGGGCCCGCGGGGGAACCCGCCGGGCAUCAUGGACGACGACAGGCCCGCGCGGCCGUCCAUCUUCACGAAGCACACGGACCCGGAGUAUCUCGAGAGCGACUACUCCUGGAUCCCCGACGACGCCUUCCUCAAGCAGCUCGAGGGCCUGAACACGAAUCUCAAAAAGGCCAUGGACGAGGCCGCGGAGAAGGCCGCGGCCAAGUGGGCCGAGCAGAAGUUCGAGUCCGGCGAGUGGAUCCGGCCCGAGAACAUCGCCGCGGCGGCCGCGGAGGCCGUGCGCCAGGUCGACGAGCUCCUCCCGCCGCCGCCGCCGGACUCCAUCGCCGCCGCGGAGCCGUCGGAGAUGCUCAAGCGGUGGGCCGCGAGCCCCUUCCACCCGGACCAGAACCCGCGGCUCGUGUGCCAGUCCGAGGACGACGAGCAGAUCAUCAUCAACAUCGUCUUCCGCGAGGCCGUGUGCAUCCACAGCAUCAACAUCGUGGCGCCGCCCGGCGAGGAGGCGCCCAAGGAGGUGAAGCUCUUCUGCAACCAGCCGUCGCUCGGCUUCCCGGACUGCGAGGACGGGCCCUGCGCGCAGGCCCUGAGCCUCACGGCCGAGGACCUCGCGGCGGACCGCGUCAACGAGCUGAAGAUGGCGAAGUUCAACUACGUCAACAUCCUCACGGUCUUCGUCGGCGAGACGCACGGCGACAGCGUCUGCUCGAUCAGCUCGAUCAAGCUCAACGGCAAGACCCGGGAAUCGACGAACAUGGCCAACUUCAAGAAGGUCGGCUGAGGCUAGAGAAGCGCGCGCGGCCCCGACGGGCCGCGCGUGCCGCUCUCCCUCGGCAGACACCGCCGGCGGGUCCCGACCUCGAACGAACGAACCAUGACGGCCGCCCGGAACUGUUCCUCCGGAACUCCGGGCGGCCCGACCUCUCCUUCGACGGACCCGCCACCCUCCCCCCCUCGCCCCCAAGCGACCGCGCCGCCGGUUCCAGCCUAAGACGCCGGGAUCAGGC